AGCCGCAGUCAGUGUGAUCUUAGCCGUGCUCGAGGACGGACGCUCGCCGUCUCUCUCUCUCUACACACUACCAUCCCCGCCACCUGUCUUACUGGGCUGGCACUCCCCCGAGGGACUAUAAGGCUGCUGGGGACGACGCUGGCACAGGCAUCAGCAGCAGGAGCAGGAGGGAUGUGGGCGUGUGUGCUCCUGGUGGGCGUGGUGGCAGUGGGCGCUGCUGCCGGGCAAGGGACUUACAGCGUGAUGGGGUCGCGACUGUUGCGACCGAAUAGGGACUACCAUGUGGUGGUGUCGACCCACGGGACCACCGACCCCGUCAAGGUCAACGUGGAGGUUGGCGGCAAGCAGGACGCUGGCGGUGUCAUCCUCAACCGUCAGUUGGCUGACCUCCAGCCGGACUCCACCCAGGUCCUUAACUUCCAGAUCGGGGAGCUGGGCCCGGGCGAGUACAACCUGACGGUGAGCGGGUCUGGAGGGCUGAGCUUCCACAACACCACCAUGCUGGAGUACGUGCACAAGUCGUACUCGGUGUUCAUCCAGUCGGACAAGGCGGUGUACAAGCCUGGGGACCUGCUCAGGUUCAGGGUGGUGGUGGUCAACCCCAUGCUCAGGCCCACCGUCACCGGCGCCAUCGACGUCUUUAUUAGGGACGGGGCGGGCCACCGCGUGAAGGAGUGGCGGCGAGUGUUCACCAACAAGGGCGUGUGGUCGGGAGAGCUGCAGCUGGCCGACGAACCCGUCUUGGGCCGCUGGAACAUCACCGUCGACGUCCUCGGCCAGACCACCUCGCGCGCCAUCACCGUCGCCUACUAUGUCCUCCCCAAGUUUGAGGUGAUCGUCUCCCUGCCCCAGUACGCCACCUUUGACCAGAAGGAGAUGGUCGCCACCGUCGAGGCAAAGUACACUUACGGGCGGCCGGUCAAGGGGGAGGUCACCCUCCAGGUCACGCCCACCUACAAGUACGGCUACCUACAGGCGCCCUACGACGACCCCAUCAGAGUGGUGAAGCAGAUGAAGGGCAAGGCUGACAUUGUCAUCGACCUCCAAGGUGACGCCAGGCUGAAGGGUGACUACGCACGGGAGCUGGAGGUGACGGCCUACGUGGAGGAGGAGUUGACGGGACGCGUGCAGAACGCCACCUCGCGGCUCACCGUCUACCGCUACCCGUACGCCCUCAAGCUCAUCCGCACCUCCGACAGCUUCAAGCCGGGCCUCAAGUACACAGCUUUCUUAAAAGUAUCGUACCAGGACGACACGCCGGUGACAUCGGGGGAGGUAACGGUGAGACAUACCUUCACCAGGAACCAGGAGGACUUCACCGAGAAGGUGCACGUCAUCCCCCCCACAGGUAUCAUCACCCUGGAGUUCCUCCCGCCCCUCGACGAUGACGUGUUGAGCCUGGCUCUGGAGGCUCGCUACCUCGAGCUCACCCAGUGGCUCGGGGACAUCAUUAGAGCUCAGAGUCCCACCAACGCCUUCCUGCAGGCCACCCUUAUCACCCAGAACCCUAAGGUCGGCGACGAGGUAGAGGUCUCCCUCACCACUACGGAAUUGGUGGGAGAUGCCGUGGAGGUGGAACUCAACGCCACGCAGAAUAUGAUCCACUUCGUCUACGAGGUUAUCGGUCGAGGAGACGUCCUCUUUGCUGACACUCUCCAGGCUCACCAGGGCACCACUCACACCUUCAGGUUCGUAGCGACGGCGUCCAUGGCUCCGAGGGCGCGCCUGCUCGUCUACUACGUCCGAGACGACGGAGAAAUUGUGGCAGACUCCCUCCACUUCGCUGUUGCUGGAGCCAUCCAGAAUGAGGUAUCUGUGAACUUGACACCAGCCUCAGUGGCGCCAGGCGAGGACGUGUCCAUCACCGUCACCACCAGACCCAACGCCUUCGUCGGGCUCCUUGCCGUCGACCAGAGGGCGCUCUUGCUGGCCAAUGCUAACCACCUCUCGCAGGACGAGGUUGUGGAGGAACUGGAGAAGUACGACCCCGGCAGGAGGAACCUGGAGGGCCCGUGGUACACCCUCAGUCGCCGCAAGCGAGCCCUCUUCAACUGGCACGGCACCACCACAGCCAAUGAUGUCUUCAAGAACGCUGGAGUAGUUGUCCUUACCAAUGGCCUCGUAUACGACUUCAACCCCUUCUUAGCCAGCAUGCAGCCCUUGGGCGACGGUCCUGUGGACGGCUCGUCCUGGGAUCCCCAACACCGGCCGGCCGCCUUCAACGGUUCCUUCGGGCGAGAGUUUGCCCCCGUGGAUGCGUCGACGGUGCGACCUGACCUGGGGCCUGGGCUGGCCUAUAACGCCCCCACCCGGCCGCCCCUGGCCGGACCCUACGCCUUCUCCUACCUACCGCCGCCCCCAGACAGCCGCCCGCGAGUCUACCUCAACCAAGCAGUCCCUCCAACCUGGCUCUUCCGUGAUGCACAGACCACGUUCAACGGUGUGGUGACCCUGCGGGAGAAGGCUCCGGACGCUAUCACCUCGUACGUCAUCUCCGCCUUCGCCAUCGACGACUUCUUCGGCCUGGGCGUCACCAAGCAGCCGUCCAAGCUGCAGGUGUUCCGACCAUUCUUCACGUCGGUGCACCUGCCGGAGGCCGGGGUGGUGCGGGGGGAAGCUGUGGCAGUGGAGAUGGUCGUCUUCAACUAUGGCGACGAAGACCUCACCGCCGACGUCACUCUCGACAACGCUAAAGGGGACUUCAUCUUCGCUGACUUCGCCAAUGAGAUCGACCAGGGUUCACCGUCAGGGCGCAAGCAGCGAGAGGUGAAGGUGGCGGCUGGUAGCGGGGUACCCGUGAGCUUCAUGGUGGUGCCGCAGACGCUGGGCAACAUUGACAUCACCGUCACCGCCACAGCUGGUCCAAACGUUGACGUCGUCACUAAGAAGCUCCUCGUCAAGCCUGAAGGAACAAGGAUAACGGUGAACAAAGCGGUUCUUGUGGACCUGCGCUCGGAGCCCACCUUCAGCACCACCAUCAACGUCACCACCCCACGUAACAUCGUCAACGGCUCCCGCCACGUCGCCGUCUCCGUCAUUGGGGACGUGUUGGGCCCGGCGGUGACGGACCUCCACAACCUGCUGGAGCUGCCGACGGGCUGCGGGGAGCAGAACAUGGCCAAGCUUGUCCCCAAUAUUGUCCUCAUGGAGUACCUCAAGAAUAAGAACCAAUUGAGCGAGGCACUACAAGGGCGGGCCAGGCGCCACCUGGAGACAGGCUACCAGCAGCAACUCAACUACAAGCGUGACGACGGUUCCUUCAGCGCUUUUGGCAGUAGAGAUGACUCUGGAAGCACAUGGUUGACGGCCUUCGUGAUCAAGUCCCUGGUGGAGGCCGGGCGGCACAUCGAUGUGGAGGAGGCAGUGGUGAAGGCUGCCAUAGACUGGCUGAUAAAGCAGCAGGCGGCGGAUGGCUCCUUCCCCGAGGUGGGCACCGUCAACAAUGAGGCCAUGCAGGGAGGAACUUCCAGAGGCAUCCCUCUUACUGCCUACGUCGUUAUUGCUCUUCUCACAGCCCAGCGCCCCGCCACAGCCAAGGUGCGCAGCGUCACCAGCCGAGCGCUGGAGUUCCUGGGCUCCAGUCUGGACACCAUGGACGACUUCUACAGCCUGGCCAUCACCACCUACGCUCUCCACCUGGCCGAUAACCCGCUCAGGGACGCCGCCUUCUACAAGCUCGAAGGGAAGGCCAAGGUUGAAAAGAAGGAGAAGUGGUGGGAGUCUGGGGAGAUGAGAAGGACGCAGGAGACGGCGGUCGAGUCUCGGCCCCUGGACGUGGAAGCCACCAGCUAUGCUCUCCUCACGUAUGUUCACCGUGGUCUCACCCGAGACGCCUUCCCCAUUAUGAACUGGCUCGUCAGGCAACGCAACCAGUACGGUGGCUUCCAGUCUACACAGGACACGGUGGUGGGCAUGGCGGGGCUGGCGGCGCUGGCAGGCAAGCUCUCCACAACUGAUCCACAGGUCAACAUUCGCCUCAUCUAUGGUGCUCGCGGCAAGAACAUCCAGGUCACCAGGUCCAACAUCAUGCUCCUCCAGCGUAUUGAGCUGGCGAGCGACACAGAGAAGGUGGAGGUGACAGCGUCAGGAGCCGGGGUGGCAGUGCUGCAGGUGACCUACCACUACAACGUCAGAGUGACGGGGCCCAAGCCAGCCUUCUCCCUCGACCCUCAGCUCGACGUCACCACCGACGCCAACCGCCUCAGACUCACCACUUGUACCGGAUAUAUUGCAGGGAACAUGAGCAACAUGGCCGUCAUGGAUGUGUCGUUGCCCUCUGGUUAUAUUGUGGAUAAUGACCUUAUUCCUGGUCUGUACGACUACACCGGGGUGAAGCUGGUGGAGAAGAAGGCGGACGACUCUGGGGUGGUGGUGUACUUCGACUACCUCACGCCAGCCGAGGUGUGCCCGACGGUCUCAGCCUACAGGAUCAACAAGGUGGCCUUCCAGAAGGCUUCUGCCGUCCGUGUCUACGACUACUACGACACGUCUCGCCAGGCCCGCCAGUUCUACAAGGCUCUGCCAGCCACACUCUGUGAUAUCUGCGACCUGGACGAAUGUGACCCCGGCCAGUGCGAACGGCAGAUCAUUGAACUUAAUCGUCAACAACAGGACCCUGAGGACGUUGCACGGCCAGCCACUGUGACGGAGGUGUCCAGUGGGAUGACCAUGUACCCCGCCAUCCUCCUCACCCUGCUCGCUCUCCUCUCCACGGCUCUCCACCAUGGCUACUAGCACCUCUCGUCUGCCUCCCUACACCCUCCUUAACCAUGUGAUCAAGAGAGUCAUCACACUAUGGCGUGUGAGCACUGUACAUGAUAGCUGGCGACCCACAUACAUAACUCUCAAAUGGAAAUAUGAGUAUUAUUUCUUGGUUAUGUCCGGGUUCACCGUGCCACUGAAGCUAAGUAAGUGGAGCCUAAAGUUGUGUCAUCUCUCGGCUCAAGACAUAAUAACAAAAGUGUAUACUGUAAAUAACUUUAGUUUUGUAUAUACGCAUUUCCUCCUCCUCUUAGGUUUAUGGUGGUGGGUAUGUGGGCCUGCGGGCCGCUCCAAGCAACAGCCUGGUGGACCAAACUCUCACAAGUCGAGCCUGGCCUCGGGCCGGGCUUGGGGAGUAGAACAACUCCCAGAACCCCAUCAACCAGGUAUCAACCAGGUAUGGUAAUGAAAGCUUUUGGGGAUUUGAUGUGAAUACCUGAAGCCACACACAGUGGUCGAUACCAAGUUGUAUUUAUCGGUGCUGAUUACAGGUAUUACUGCACACACAGGUGUAGGUGCUCUAUGUAUGGCUGUGUUGUCUUCUCGAGGGUGUCUUAUUCCCUCUUGGACCCAGAUUCUCAAUGAUACUUGCUUAAUCAGUACAGUACCUCCAGUUGAAGAUGGUAAAGCAAUGUUAAAGUCAGUGAGCAUUCUGACAGCAUUCUGGCUACAGGAAAGAGAAACGCAUUUUCCUUGGGAAACUGGGUCCUUCAACCCAAGUGACGACUUGUGUUGGCCAAAGGUAUCUUUAUACCUUUCAUGGCCCCGAGUCAUCUUAAUCCUGUUAUUGUCCUGAAAAUAAUGUUGUACACUUGAGGCAAAAGGACAAUAAUGUUACUUAAAUAACUCGCAGAUAAUUAUUGCAUCCCAUGACAACUCGGGCUAAUGGGAAUCUAUGCAGCUCGGGCUGCUGGUAACUAAUGCAGCCCCGAGCUACUGGGAACCAAUGCAGCUCGGGCUGCUGGUAACUAAUGCAGCCCCGAGCUACUGGGAACCAAUACAGCUCGGGCUGCUAAUAACUAAUGCAGCCCCGAGCUACUGGGAACCAAUGCAGCUCGGGCUGCUAAUAACUAAUGCAGCCCCGAGCUACUGGGAACCAAUGCAGCUCGGGCUGCUGGUAACUAAUGCAGCCCCGAGCUACUGGGAACCAAUGCAGCUCGGGCUGCUAAUAACUAAUGCAGCCCCGAGCUACUGGGAACCAAUGCAGCUCGGGCUGCUAAUAACUAAUGCAGCCCCGAGCUACUGGGAACCAAUGCAGCUCGGGCUGCUGGUAACUAACGCAGCCCCGAGCUACUGGGAACCAACGCAUUUCAGUCUAUUAAUAACUUGCAACUCAGGCUACUAGUAACCCCAUUGCUGCUGUUAACCAGUAACUCCGUCCACCAGCUUUCGGCACUGUGACGCCGCCUCGCACCACGCACUCUUCUCGACCUCCUCUGCCACGCGGGGGUCUCUCAUACUACAGCUUGUUUAUAAACAUUAGUGUUAUGUGCAUGUAUGCUUCAUUUAAUAGUAAGAGUUUCAGGAAUGCCAAAUACAAUGUUGGGUUGUAAAUUACAAUGAAAGCUUUCAUUGGGAUGAUUCUUGAUGAAACGUUGGCAUUUAUUUUCUUACUACAAUAAUAAGACGCUACCCAGUAAAAUCCAUUAGUUUAAAGAUGAAAUAUAAUGACUGGUAUUAGUUGGGAGUUUCAUCUCUGACCGAUUUCAACCCAAAUUAGUAGGUUUUGUGUCGUAACAUUAACAGUAUGAUCGAGUGAACGGGAAAUGUACAGAAUAACGUCUGCUAAAUCCAUUACACAUUUCUGAUAAUGUAUAGAAGGUAUCCAAGACCCAUUCACUUUGUGUGUAAAUUUUUUGUAAUACUAUUAUCCUGAAAUAUACUAAUGCAGUUGGUGACUAUCUUUCUAAUAUAUCCCGAGAUGUUGCAAAGCUUAGUAAGCUGCACUCGCUGCUCCACACACGGAAACUCACCUAGUUGUGCUUUGAGGGAGGGGAGGGGGGAGGUCGAGCUUCGGCUCUUUGGUCCCGCCUCUCAACUGUCAGUCAACUGGUGUACAUAAUGUGUGGGUUACUUGCUCGGCUGGCAGCGAAACCUGAAGGUUGUUACUACAUAAUCACAUACGAGAUUAUUUUAAUUUUAUAAUAAUACCCAGAGCUUUAAUAUGUUAUAAAUUUAAGCCUUUCUUGUGAAUACAUGUUUAUAUUAUGUGCUAGAUAAUAACAUUUGUUCUAUAUUGUACCUGUAUAAAUUGGAUAAAAUACGUAGGAAAUGUUGGCUUGCAGCAAUUAAGUUUAUAAGAAGGUAACUAAGAGUGUGAUGAGGUGUGGAGCCCUCACAUCUGCACCCAAGGGUUGCAGUAGUGUGCCAGUGUGUUAUGGAGCCCUCACUUCUGCACCCAAGGGUUGCAGUAGUGUGCCAGUGUGUUAUGGAGCCCUCACAUCUGCACCCAAGGGUUGCAGUAGUGUGCCAGUGUGUUAUGGAGCCCUCACAUCUGCACCCAAGGGUUGCAGUAGUGUGCCAGUGUGUUAUGGAGCCCUCACAUCUGCACCCAAGGGUUGCAGUAGUGUGCCAGUGUGUUAAUAAACAAUUGCUAUACGAA